AACAUGCAACUGUCUUACCCGCCACAUAUUUUGUCUCCAAUAUUUAUUGAAAACAUACAUUGCACAAUGACCACUUGUAUUUGAAACAACAUUGUUCGUUUUUGGUUAGCUACCUAGCGAAUUUUAGCAAUAGUGGCAUUGACAUGAAAUCAAUCAAAACACCUCAAAACAAGACAUGGUAUCAAUAACAUGAUGAAACAAGCCAUUUAUGAUUCCACACACGGCAGUGUCAUUCUUGCUAGCAAUCUGGCCAUCCAGAAUCACAACAGGCUGACCUAUGCCCCAUAGAACAGCGCACAUCGUUUUCGUGACGUCAGCCAACCAUCUAUGUUUGCUAGAUGCUAAAUAAUUGUAUUGUGAACACACACAUACAAUUUAUUCACGUUAAAAAAAAAUAUUGAACCUUUAUUUAACAAAGAAAGUCAGUUAAGAACAAAUUCAUAUUUACAAUGACUGCCUACCAAGGAGACAAAAGAUCUCCUGCGGGAACGGGGGCUGAGAUUAAAAAUACAAAAAUGUUAUAAAAUAUAUAGGACAAAACACAUCACGAUAAGAGAAACAACACAACACAAAGAGAGACCUAAGACAACAUAGCAAGGCAGCAACACAACAACAUGGUAGCAACAUUAUUGGGCACAGACAACAGCACAAAGGGCAAGGCAGAGACAAUAUAUCAGGCAAAGCAGCCACAACUGUCAGUAAGAGUGUCCAUGAUUGAGUCUUUGAAUGAAGAGAUUGAGAUAAAACUGUCCAGUUUGAGUGUUUGUUGCAGCUCGUUCCAGUUGCUAGCUGCAGCGGACAGAAAAGACGAGCUACACAUGGAUGUGUGUGCUUUGGGGACCUUUAACAGAAGGUGACUGGCAGAACGGGUGUUGUAUGUGGAGGAUGAGGGCUGCAUUAGAUAUCUCAGUUAGGGGGGAAUGAGGCCUAAGGGUUUUAUAAAUAAGCAUCAACCAGUGGGUCUUGCGACGGGUAUAGAGAUGACCAGCUUACAGAAGUGUAUAGAGUGCAGUGAUGUGUUCUAUAAGGAGCAUUGGUGGCAAAUCUGAUGGCCGAAUGGUAAAGCACAUCUAGCUGCUCGAGAGCACCUUUACUUGCCGAUCUAUAAAUUAUGUGUCCGUAAUCUAGCAUUGGUAGGGUGGUCAUCUUAAUCAGGCUUAGUUUGGCAGCUGGGGUGAAAGAGAGUGAUUACAAUAGAGGAAACCAAGUCUAGAUUUAACUUUAGCCUGCAGCUUUGAUAUGUGCUGAGAGAAGGACAGUGUACCAUCUAGCCAUACUCCCAAGUACUUGUAUGAGGUGACUACCUCAAGCUCUAAACCUUCAGAGGUAGUAAUCACACUUCUGGGCUUCAAAGACUCCUGCCACUUGUUGGACCCAAAGCCCUCGACAUCUGUCACUUUACACCUCAGUGCUAAUUGAAGUUGUUUCUGGUCUAUCCUAGCAAGCCUGGCAGCCUUAACUCAGCAUUCAGUUCCCAUAAAUUAAAAUAUAUAAUAUUACUUUCUCUGCUGUUUGUUUGCUUGAGCACCCUCCGUAUAGCUUGGAAAAAGGCAUCCUUGGUAGCAGUAAUCCCUCCAGGUAAUUUUGGGCAAAAUUAAGUUGUAGGUUUAGAGUUUUGAUUUGGAAUAAAGGCCAUGCUAUGGAGGGUAGCAUCCUGCAUAUGUCCCUGCUGAAAAAAUGCAAGUUUAUCUAACUCCAAAUCUAUAAUUUACUAAAAAACAUGUUGAAUAAUGUGAAAGCUCACAUGCAUCUGUGUCUCUCUCUCUCUCUCUCUCCAGUUUGCUAUAUCUUAAUGUGUGGUCAUGAACACACAUGUUUCCAUAGUUGUCAGUCACCCAACAUUGAUCCCUCAGCAGCAUUUCACACCACACACAGAGUUAGCAAAUACACAGAGGCCAAAGAAAAAUAUUGCAGUCCAAAGACAAUAUCUUGCUCUGAGAGCCGUCUCACAGCAUCAGUUCCCCCAAAAAAUCAUCCUGAAAAUAUUCUGUGCCAGGAAUAUUUCAUUAUGGAAUUCUCCUAGAACAACAGUUUGCUGUUCCCCUGUUAGUGUGUGUGAGGUUGAAGAAACAGGUUCUGGGCGAGUUAUGCCUCUCGCUUCUCCUAUUCCUCCACUCCUGCAAAUACAACAACCGUCUGUGUUUGAGAGCUACAUCUCUCGCCCUCUUUCUCAAGAAAUUCCAUAUGUCCAUCUUCUAUAAAUGAAUUUAAGGAAAAAAUGAACUCAGCUAUCCAGCUUUGUUUUUUCAACAGAUAGCUAGCUAAUUGAGCUGCCUUUACCAAAAGUAGCUAACGUCAUGUUAGCCUUAAGUUAACUAGAUAGUUUAUUAGUCAUUUUUAGCAUAUUUGGACAGUAUUUCAUUAGACAAUAAUUGGUAAGUUAAUGAUACUUUGUGGGUGGUGAACAGAGUUCCAGCAGUUGGUUUCAGUGUCCAGAUAUCUCAUCAAUAACUGUACUGUCAAAACCCUGCUCAUAAAAUGUGCUAGGUUGCUAAUGAUGCAGCACUGCUAAUGUUAGCUAGACUGGGUAGUCCUUCACGUAAGUUAGUUAGCUUAUCAUUAUCUGUCAGUGCAGCUUUUGAGUCAACAUCUUGAAAUGUAAAUGACAAAUCUUGCUUACUGUGAGGUCAAUAACUCUGAAUAUCAUCCUCAUGGGCUAUAAUAAUAGCAAGCUACAAAAUUUACCUCCGGUUCUCCUUCUCAUCUUUGUCUCUCUCCCCCAGAGAAUGAACAGUCGCCCUCGUGCGCCAAAAUAGAAUUUCUUUGGACCAAUCAAUAUUCACUUUGGAAAAUCACUUUGACCCCACCUAAAGUACACAGUAAAACUGGCUUCAGGCAGCACUAAAAGGGCAUGGCAGGCCGGCGCUUAUGUUUGGAGUGUAGCCUAGCUUGUUUUACACCAUCCCAGCAGGGCAAAAGACUCAGGGCUGAGACCAAAGCCCGGGUCUGGUGGCUUCAAUGCUUGCCACUGUCGUGGUAAUUUCCUGUAUUACUAAAUGGAAAGAGUUUACAAACCACACACAAGUCAGAGUUAUAUUUUAAACUACAUCUUUAAUUAUAUGAGCUUCACCAUAGCCCUUUGACUCUCAGAUCAAUUCCGUGUCUAUAAAUGAAUUCUCUGAGAGUGCUUACAAAACAAUUCUUAGUUUCUUUUAUAGCCAAGAUACACCCCUCUCAACUUACAUGACGAACCACAGAUCUUAGGAACUUCACAAAGGGCCUUUUACUUGAAAGAGGAGCAUCCCAUAGCCAGAUAGCGUUUAAAUUAUUGUUCAGUUUGGUCUCUUAGUCGAGGUUCUACUUCUCGUUCUUGAUACUUCAUAGUACCAAAACAUUACCUCAUCCAAUGGCAUAUAUCAAUUGUCCAUUCUAGAUACUCCCAUCUCAAAUACAACCCCUCUUAUUCCCACUCCUGGAGAAGCUCACUAAGGGGAGUGAACCUCUAGGUCAUAUACUAUGAAAGAUAAGUUUAACCUCAGAGAGGUAAUACAAUGUUUCCAGACACUGCCAUACUCCUCCCCCCCAAUGGGAAAAUGAGGGAGUAACUGGAGUACAGACAUAGUGGAGCCCUUCACAUGGUUUCACAGAUAUAUUCAUUAUGAAGACAAUGUUCAAACCUGACUUCUCCCUUUCUGAUAUUCUGCAUAUUACCAGACAUGUAAAAGACAAGCCUGACCUCUCCCCUCUCUGGGCCCCAAGUUACUUUUCCCUAGAGAGAAAGGAAAAUGCAACUGCCAACAGUAUAGUCCAAAAGAAGACAUUCUAAUGACAAGUAUAAAGUAAAUAAAACAUCUUAUUUAUCUAUGUUACCUAACUAAUUCUGAUUCAGCUACGACACCACUCCUGUCAUUUACCUCAUAGAUGUGACUUCUGUUUUGGAGAUGGAACACUCAACCAUUAAUGGUGAUUGUAUACCUUGCCUUUCAUCUGUUUUAUGUGUUGAGUUGAAUUUACUAUACAUAUAUCACCUAUGAGACAUAGCUUCUAACUUCUAUGUGCUGGAAGAGGUCCAUGCAACAACAAAAUAUAGUGAAAAUAUGCUGACAACUAUUGAAAGCUGACAACUAACUAACUAAAACCACCUGAUUCUACUUUCAAAAUAACAUUUUCAGUCUUAAUUUUAGAUUUUUGCUGACAGGAAAACUUUUUUGUUUUGGAGAGUAGGGGUUGGCUUUGGAUCAAUGGUUGAUUUUUGCAUGUGUUAUAGUUCAUUUUUUGCAAAUAAUUUCCUCUCACAGGUAGGUGGAACUUUUUUAUUCUUUAACAUAAGAUUUGUUAGUUAGAAUUGAAGAUAACUACAUAUAGUAUUUCUGAACAAUUUUAACAGUAGUGUAAUUGUAAAUAUAACUUUGCAUUUCAAAUUUUGCUGUACUCCUUUGUUUUGAAAUCAGAUCAACAUACAAUGUUGUCUUUGCCCCCACAGUAGAAAAUGAAUGGCCUAUCUGUCAGUGAGCUAUGCUGCCUGUUUUGCUGCCCUCCCUGUCCGAGCCGUAUUGUCGCCAAGCUUGCCUUCCUGCCUCCUGAGCCUACAUAUUCCCUCUUGCCGGACCUCGAUGGGUCUGCGGCCCCAGGGACAGCAGGGUCACCCGGGUCUGCCCCAGGGACAGCAGGGUCAGCGGGGCUGAGAUCCAGGGGAGGGGUACCUGGAGCAGCUGUAGGGGGUUCAGGCAGCACUGGUCCUGCAGAGGGAAAAUGGAAGCUCCACCUGACAGAGCGAGCUGAGUUUCAGUACUCCCAGAGAGAGCUGGAUGCUACAGAGGUGUUCUUCACCCGCUCCAGCCGUGGCAAUCGAGUGGGCUGCAUGUACAUCCGCUGUGCCCCCACCGCCAGGUUUACAGUGCUGUUCUCCCAUGGCAACGCGGUGGACUUGGGCCAGAUGAGCAGCUUCUAUAUCGGCCUGGGCACACGCAUCAACUGCAACAUCUUCUCCUACGACUACUCCGGCUAUGGUGUCAGCACGGGCAAGCCUUCCGAGAAGAACCUCUAUGCUGACAUUGAAGCCGCCUGGCAGGCCCUGCGCACACGAUAUGGCAUCAGCCCAGAGAACAUAAUCCUGUAUGGGCAAAGCAUUGGCACCGUUCCCACGGUCGACCUUGCAUCACGGUAUGAGUGUGCCGCUGUGGUGCUCCACUCCCCCCUCACCUCUGGCAUGCGGGUGGCCUUCCCAGACACCAAGAAGACAUACUGCUUUGAUGCUUUUCCCAACAUUGAGAAGGUGUCUAAGAUCACGUCACCGGUGCUGAUCAUCCACGGGACUGAGGACGAGGUGAUCGACUUCUCCCACGGUCUGGCUCUGUUCGAGCGCUGUCCCAAGGCCGUGGAGCCACUUUGGGUGGAGGGGGCGGGACACAACGACAUCGAACUGUACAGCCAGUACCUGGAGCGUCUGCGCCGCUUCAUUGGCCAGGAGCUGGCCGUACAGCAUGCCUGAACACCGCCUCCAGGCUCCAACCCUCCUCUGGCUCCCCUCUGUUCCUCUGGGUCUAAGUGGGUCAGGAGGAAUGGAUGGCUGGGCUCUCAGAAUGAAUGAUCCUUCACCUUUUUGGGCGACUUUGUCUGGAUGCUCGGCAGCCCUGUCUUUUAGUUGUUUUCCUAUUUUUCUGUCUCUGUCACCUGUCAUUAGUCCUGGUCAGAGAAUUUAGUCCACCUCCCGCCCCUUGGACAGUGCAAGAAUGCACCCAAGCAUCGAGGGCUCUCUACCUUCUGCCUGUUUUAUUUCUGUCUGUCCAAAGCCCCUCUAUUACCCCAGGCAUGGAGGGCUCUCUACCUUCUGCCUGUUUUAUUUCUGUCUGUCUAAAGCCCCUCUAUUACCCCAGGCAAAAACAACCUCAAACAGGCUAGGUGUUCUAAACACAUGUACUGUUUAUCAUCUUCUGAGACAUUUACACAUGAUUCAAUUUUAACUAUCAACCCUAACAUGGGCAAAUCAUUGAGUAAUGAAAGUCUGUUUUGAGCACUGACAUUUUGGUAUUUAAUUUGAAUGGGGAAUGUGUGUAUUUCUCUUUUCUAACACAACGAUGACAGUGAGCUACUACUUUACAAAUCCUGUGGUGUUGAUGUAUGAGUAUAACUGUCCUAUUUGAAAGCAGGUUUGUUGCUAAUGUUUCUUGUGGAAUCUUUUUUCUUUGCUCUCUUCUCUUUCUCUCCUCCUGUCUCUUCCUCUCUGUCUCAUUUUCAGUUAAGCUGUCAGAUUAAUAGUCCAUGUCUAUGAAUAAUUUCUUUCAUAGACAUAAAUCUUACGUUUUUAUAAUUAUUAAGCAUGGUUUAAUUUUUAUCUAAAAAGUGAUUAGAGCAAAAAUCUUUUUUAAAAAGUUGCUGAAUAUUGCUUUGGCUAAAGUCCAAAAUCUCUCUGCCAAAUUAAUUGUUUCAAAAGCAUCAUUAAGUCGCUAACAUCUCUCUAAGAUGUGAUUGAUUUCUAACUCGGCAACCACUCUCAUGUUUCACUCCCUGAUUCAUAUUCUACAGUAGUUGUACUGCAAUUGAUGUUAUGGACAUGUGAGUUUACCUUUAGAACACAAACUAAGUCCUGCCACGUUCUCUGAGUUAAGGAGGCAUUAGUUGGCCUUUACUCACACGGAACUCAAUUCACAUCUUACUGGGUUUCUAUAUGGGAUGUUUUCCAAAGGCUUUUUAAAAUAUUUGUACGUGAUUUAGAGUUGUACAUAUUCAAUUUCACUUUAGUUAUUUCAUCCCUCUAAAAACACAAAAUCAUUGUAAAUUACUAGGCUUAUGCUAGUAAUGGCAAUUCGCAAGGUAAAUUGGGUCAGGGCAGUUGAGAUUAAGCUGGUUGGGUGGAUGGAGUUUUAACUGAACUUGCUGCUAAAGAUGAGGGUCAAAUGGAUUGAAAAGGGUCAAACCCUCCACAUCCAUUGUAUACAUUAAUGCUGCUUAGUUUGAGGGGAAAUGUUACAGUCAUACAUGUUAUUUUACGCUGUACAGUGGAAUGGAUCCAGUGAUGUACAGUACUCUCUGCUGGUGUCAUGUUGCAUGUUUGAUUGGUUGCUCUUCAUUUUAGGGGUAAAAGCACAUCAUUAUAACACUAGUAGAGCUAUGGAAUGAGAUGUGCUGUAAUUUAUUAUUCACUAGGUUUAUUUCCAGCAGGCUCCCUUUUCAGCUCCAACUAGCCCUUUUCACUGACUUUCUACUGUUGCCACACUAUUUCAGACAGACUUACGAUUCCACAAUUUCUGACCGACUGUGUGAAAGUCGACCGAAUGCCCAACUUCUCUGGCAUACAGGGUCCACCACCACUCACAGGAUAGUGGAGGUCCUUUGUUUGGGUUGGGUUUUGGGGGAGUCAGGAUUACUUGUACACAGCAACCAAAUUUUAACAGUAAAUGUUCUGUCUUGAACAAAGCAUACCUCUUAUAUUGGUAUGUUCAUCAGAACCAAAGAAAGUCCUUCAUCACCCAUAGUACUUGGGUUUAUUGUCCAUCACCACAUAAACAGUUAGGGAACAAAAGCUGUGCGCCCUGAAUCAGCCAGGAUAUGCUCUUGUUCAAGCUGCUUAUAGUUUGGUUUGGGACAGCUUAGGCGUGUUUACUCUCUAUUAUGGACGAUUGUAUGGAGAAUACAAGCAAUACAGCAGAUUUGUGUGUCUGGGUGGCCUGAGAUAGGAGUGUGUGUAGCAGAUGAUGGACUACUUCGAGUGUGAGGAGUUCCAGACACACAUUCAGAGCUUUUGUUUAAAGAAACUAAGUUAUAGAAAUGUAUUUUUUAUUCAAAUGUAUUUACUAUAUUACAUUGUUUAUUUUUUUGCUGAGGGUUAGGAUCCAAGUGGAAGAUGGGGGUUGGUAUGUUAUUGUAUCCAGUUAUGCAUUGUUUAUUAUUUACAACUUUGUUAUAUUUAGUUUAAAAUUUUGUUCCCCCCCCCCCCCCCCCCCCUCAAAAAAACAUCUUAGAAAAUAAAAUAAUGAAUUGAUCAAAUUUGACUUUCAUGUCUGACUUAAUUUCUAUGAUGUUUACCCCAUUGGUGUAGUACAGGUCUCUGUAAAUUAAAGGUUAAGUCCACUCUA